AUGCCCAUGAAGACUUCGUAUGGCUUCGAGUCAUCCACGUGCCUGAAGCAGACGGACAGCUGUUCGACGUUCGAGCGGCACUCAUUCACCGUCGGGCCCGACACCUUCCAGCGCGACGGCAGGCCGUUCCGCUACGUCUCCGGCUCGGUGCACUACUUCAAGGUGCCUCGCGCCUACUGGCGGGACCGGCUGACGCGGCUGCGCGCGAGCGGCGCCAACGCGCUGCAGACGUACGUCCAGUGGAGCGAGCAUCAGCCCGAGGAAAACGUCACCGACUUCAGCGGCCAGCGCGACCUGGAGGAGUUCGUGCGGAUGGCGCAGGAGCUGGGGCUGCUGGUGAUCCUGCGGCCGGGGCCCUACAUCGACGCCGAGCGCGACCUGGGCGGCCUGCCGUACUGGCUGCUGCGGCGGCCGGGCGUGCGUCUUCGGACCAGUGACCCUCGCUACAUGUCGGCCGUGACGGCUUGGUACGAGCAGCUUCUGCCGCGGCUCCGGCCGCAGCUCUACGUCAACGGCGGACCCGUCAUCAUGGUGCAGGUGGAGAACGAGUACGGCAGUUACCCGGCGUGCGACGCGGUGUACACGGCGCAGCUGCGGGAUCUGCUGCGCAAGCACCUGGGCGACGACGUGGUCCUCUUCACGACCGACGGCGGCUCCGACUACUACCUGAAGUGCGGCCCGGUAGCCGACGUGUUCGCCACGGUCGACUUCGACACCAACGCCGACGCGGAAGCGGCGUUUGAGGCGCAGCGGCGCCACAACGCCAUAGGCGGACCGCGCGUCAAUUCCGAGUUCUACCCGGGCUGGAUUAACCACUGGGGCUACCCGCGCAACACCGUGUCCACGCAACAGGUCGUCAACGCCACGAAGGCAUUGAUGGCGCUCGGGGCUAGCUUCAACUUCUACAUGAUGCACGGUGGGACUUCCUUUGGCUUCGCAGCCGGCGCCAACAUGGGCGACACGUUCGAGCCGUGCACCACGUCCUACGACUUCGACGCGCCCAUCUCCGAGAAUGGCAACACCACCGACAAGCUGCUGGCUCUGCGCGAACUCAUCUACCCGUACACCAACAUGACGCCGCUGGCCGUGCCCGAUCCGCUGCCGGUGGUCGCGUACGGCGCCGUCGCCAUGACCUGGCAGACGGGCCUGCUGCAGGCCGUGUCCCAGCUGAACGUCACGCGCGUCUCGCACUCGGCCGUGGUGCCGUUCUGCGACGUGCACCAGGCGUACGGCUUCGUCGCCUACUCUGCCGCUGUGACGUGGAAGCCGACCGCGCCGGCCGUGCUGGACGUGCCGGGCCUGCGCGACCGCGCCUACGUCUGGGUGGACGGUCGGCUGGCGGGCGUGCUGACGCGCCAGGACAGCGUGCUCCAGCUGCCGGUGAUGGCCGACCGCGGCAGCCGACUCACCCUGCUGGUGGAGAGCCUCGGCCGCCUCUGCUACGGCGAUGUCGACGACCGCAAGGGCCUGAUGAAGGAGGUGACGCUGGGCGGUCGCCAGCUGAAUGACUGGAACGUCACCACCGUGCCGCAGCAGCUGACGCAGCUGGUGCCAGCGGCGCCGACCACGCCGCUCGAGCCACACCAGCCGGCGCUGUAUCGCGGCCAGUUCAACGCGCCCAGCAAGCCGGCCGACACCUUCCUCCACCUGGACGGGUGGCGCAAGGGCGUGGCGUUCGUCAACGAGCAGAACCUGGGCCGGUACUGGCCGGCCGCCGGGCCGCAGCUGACGCUGUACGUGCCGGCGCCCUUCCUCCAGCCGGGCAGCAACGUCAUCACGCUGCUGGAGCUGGAGGGUGCGCCCUGCGGGCCGGGCGACCACUGCACGGUCUCCCUGAAGGACUACCCGGUCCUGAAUGGUCCGACACCGGACAGAUCGUAGACAGAGCCUGAUCGCGGAGCGCAGACCUGAAAUCACACCUGGUCCGCGUUUUGAUUCUCCCAUGGUGACGGGAAAGGCGUUCAGUCGGGCUUUCUUGGUGAUGCUGUGUUGUUGCGCUGCAUGACGGGAGAGUGAAAAAUAGCCGAUUUACCGGAUAUGAUUGGAGACAAAAUUGUCAUUUUGCCAGCUUGGGGGCUUUAAGGACAAAAUUGUGAAACUGGAACGAUUUACAGCAGACCCCCGUUAGAUAAUACUCCACUUAGCACUGGUGUGUGCUCACCCACGCUUGCACACUUCCAAACUUAGAAGCACGAUUCCUGAUAGUUUCUAACAGGUGACAGAAAUCUACUACGCAAUAUAAUUUAUCAGUGUUAGCGCGCAGAUCAGUGGUAACGCGCGUAUUUAUUCGGGCACGCAUGCUAAUUCCACUGCAGGCAAAAAUGUUAUGCAAAGCUAUCACAGAAGUUAAUGUUUUCCCGGGCUCUUAGAACCUUCUGCUGUACUGCGGAAUAUCAGAGCUUCGUGAGAUGCCCCACCGAAGCAAAGGCCAUUCAUUCUUCGACUCGCGGCCCGGUUCAGCGGACCGACGCAUCAUCAGCCGAAGGUCGGACCAAUCGCUUCUCCUCAGACGCCAGCUGACCACGUGCAGCGAGCCGCCGAGCCGGUCCGU